AUGAAUUUUGUGCUAUUUUUUUUCCCUCUCCUGUGCAAAGCCACCAGUCCCAUGGAAAAAGGAAACCAGACGGGAGUGGGAGAAUUUCUCCUCCUGGGAUUCACAGAGGACUCUGACCUGCAGGUCACCCUCUUUGGGAUACUUCUGUCCAUGUACCUGGUCACCAUGCUCGCGAAUCUGCUCAUCAUCCUGGCCAUCGUCUCAGACGCCCACCUGCACACACCCAUGUAUUUCUUCCUCUGCAACCUGUCCUUGGCUGACAUGGGCUUCACGUCCACCACCGUCCCCAGGGCGCUGGUGAGUGUCUACAUGCGGAGGAAACUGAUCAGCUUGGCAGGCUGCGUGACACAAAUAUAUUUUUUCAUUGUGUUUGGGUGCCUGGACAACUUACUCCUCACGGUGAUGGCCUAUGACCGCUUUGUGGCCAUCUGCCGCCCCCUGCACUACACGGUCAUCAUGAACCCUUGCCUCUGUGGGACGCUGGCUCUGGGGUGGUGGUUGGUCAGUGUCAUGGGUUCUCUGCCCGAGACCUUGGCUGUUCUUAGGCUGUCCUUCUGCACAACAGUGGAAAUCCCCCACUUUUUCUGCGACCUUCCUGAAGUCUUGAAGCUCUCCUGUUCUGACACCCUCAUCAACCAUGUUGUGACACACUCUGUGACCGUAGCCCUCGCUGUUAUCCCUCUCGUUGGGAUACUGUCCUCUUACGCUCGGAUCUUCUCCUCCAUCCUGAGACUUGCAUCGUCUGGGGGCAAGUACCAAGCCUUCUCCAGCUGUGGGUCUCACCUCUUGGUGGUCAGCCUGUUCUAUGGCACCGGGCUUGGCAUCUACCUCAGUUCAGCAGCCACGCCGUCAUCUAGAGUCAGCCUGGUUGCCUCAGUGAUGUACACCGUGCUCACCCCCAUGCUGAAUCCCUUCAUCUAUAGCCUGAGGAACAGGGACAUGAAAGGGGCCUUGGGGAGGUUCCUCAACAAGAUGAUGCCUCUUGGAAAAGGAGCCAUGGAAGGAACCUCACGUUGCUGA